ACACCGUUACAGAACCUGGCUGUUCGACGCCCUUCUCUGGCCUCCAGUCACCAUUCACAAACAUCGUCAGAAGUCCACCCUGGUGACAUUGUCAUAAAUUCUACUGUGCUUGAAAAGAGGACAGCGUAUCUGGCUACCGAUAGCAGGUUUUUAUUCCUUCAUUUGGCCAUUGAACCAGCGAUGAUGGCACCCUGGGCUGCAGCUGCAGAGGAGCAAGAGGACGAAGCCGACUCUGGUGAAGCAAAGGAAGAAGCAAAGGAAGAAGAAGCUGUAAAUGAGAGGGGCGAAAGGAAUGUUGUCUGUCUGGAAUGGCCGGAGGAGCCAUUGAGUCAAUAUGACUCCAGGCGGAUGCAGUUAACACAAGAGGAAUACCAAUGGGCCGUGUCUCUGAAAGAAGCUGUCCAGAGUGAUCCAGAGCUGGAUGUGAUAUCGGAUUUCAUGCUGACCCAAAUUGCGGUUGUAGAAGAGGGAAACAUGGAAUCUGCCAUUGACCGGGUCUACAAACUUCAGCAUUACCGACAAGAGUAUGAUGUAUUGGACACUUUCUCCGAGUCAAAGAGAAGGUUGCGAGAACUUAUGCAACUCAUGCCAGGACACAUUCUCUAUGUGGGCUUCAGUCCGCUAGAUAGCAACUACAUGGGGGCUCUGGACUUUACCAAGAUGAAUCCCAGUGCCUUGUCAAGCAUCCGGGGAACAAAGUCUCUAUUUGCAGGGCUCUACUAUAUCAAUCACACCAUCAAUCCUGAUCUCGCAGCUGUCAGAAAUGGUGUAAUCUUCCUGAUUGAAUGUGAAGGGUACAGUUGGAAGGCACCCCGUUUUAUGGAUCUAAAGCACACAAAAAGGUGUUUGGUUGACGCUGCAUUCUACCCCUAUUCUCUGCAAACUUGCAAAUUGUACCAUAGUGGAGUUCUUGUCAAUACAAUCUUUUCUACAGUCAAACGAUAUUGUCCACCGCUGGCAAAAUCUAACAUUGAAAUGGGUUGUGAUGAUUUUGGUGAUCGAUUGGAUAAGAUAUUCAUGGUGCCCAAUGAAGAAGAGGCAACAGAAAGAUGCUAUGAAAAAAUGGUACAGUCUCUCCAUAGGAGAUACGAAAAUGAGCGGACCUUUAGACUUUGAAACCGAAAAAGUAGUUCAUAGCUUGUUCCAUUUCAAAAGAUCCAUUUCAGCCAUCUCGGAUGUUCAGUGGGUUUCUGUACUGGUAGUGUUGUUGACAGUUUCAUAGCGCCAAAGCGAACCAGCAGUUAGCGGAUUUCCUCGUCAUGUUUUGCCCGCCCAUGUUGGCACGAUUCUAUUCGGGGCGUGCAAACCUUUAGACUUUGAAAGAAUUCUACAUGAGUUUUUGCAUUUUAGUAAAAGUUGCUUCCCUUGUGGUUCUGCCUCUGCUGCUACUGUACCGUACCGUUGUACCGUUCGGCAAUGUUCAUCCCGCGGGCUUCAAAUCCCGGCGCAGUCACACGUGCCUAGCUGGCUAGAUACAAGAGUAAUGAAUCUCAAGAAUCACCACAGAUUGAUAGGCUCCCAGAGGUUUAGGUUUGCCAGGUCCUUUCAGAACAAAUAGGUCUCAAGGGGUCGGUCAGGAACUCAGAGUAAAGUCCUUCAGAUCAUUCCGUUGAGGUUGGAAAUGGGCAACCAGUACGGUACGGUAGAGAGAUUUGAUCCGGUCCAUUGGAAGGAAAGUUCCCGAACCAUACGUGCUAUCGUGACGGAGGUAUACCGGCCAUUGGAAUCGAAUUUACGGUGCAUUCCCAACCCUCCCUCGUGCUAAAUUGGCGCCCUUCUUUCUAUUUCUCCACCAAACGAAUACAAAAGACAGAACUUUUGGCAGCCAGUAUCUAAAAAUGGCGGAAUUAGACUACUACGUUUUAAAGCUAGCUA